AUGGGGAGCAAAGUCCUCAUACUUGCAAAAAAGAUGAAUAAACUCAGGAUGUAUCAAAAAAUUGUUCGACAAUUUUUUUUUAUGUUAUGUUUACUUUUGAGUUAUAAUGGAGUACAAGGGGAAAAAAAGUUAUCCAAACUGCAAGACAUGGAAUUAGAGAAACAAUUAAAAAUUUUGAACAAGUCAGCAAUCAAAACAGUUAAGACUAAAUAUGGAGAUAUAUACGACUGUAUUGAUUUCUACAAACAACAUGCAUUUGAUCAUCCGUUGUUGAAGGAUCAUAAUUUUCAUCCUAAGAUGAAGCCUACUUUAUCUAUGAUAAAGCCAAAUUCAUAUGCCUCAACAAAUAGUAGGUUAUCGACACUUUGGUCAAAAGAUGGAGGUUGCCCUUCUGGAACUGUUCCCAUAAAGAGAACUACAAAGGAUGAUCUUAUAAGACAAAGAGAUAUGCCACCACCAGAACCUGCCAAUUUCGACAACGAAUUUGUAGGCAGCAAUAACACUAGUGAGCAAAAAGCAAGGUACAUGCCUUCUUAUGGAUAUAAGCGUGCAAUAGUUCGAACUCCAAAAGAUUCAAAUACAAAAUUUUCUGGAGCUGGAAUGGCAACAAGUUUGUUCAAUCCUCACGUUAAAGGCAAACAACAUAGUGCUUGUCGACUAAAAAUUCAAAAAGGAUCGGAUAUCUUACAAGUUGGUUGGAGAGUGGAUCCAACAUUAUAUGGAGAUAAUAAAACUAGACUUUUUGUACAUUUCCAGACAGGUAAAUUCCAUUGUUUCAAUACAUUAUGCCCAGGCUUUGUACAUGUAAGCACCGAUACACCUCUUGAUAUGUCAUUUGAGGACAAUCUUUCACAACGUGGAGGGACGACAUGGGAGAUGAUAAUGUACAUUUAUAGGGAUCAAGCCGAUGGAAACUGGUGGCUUUUAAUGGGGCAAAACUAUGAAAAAAUUGGUUUUUGGCCACAUAUUAUCUUCACAGAGUUGGCAGAUUUUGCUACAAAUGUUGAGUGGGGAGGAGUUGUAUAUAAUCCACCAGGCGUACCUGAACCUCCAAUGGGCUCAAGUUAUUUUCCUAUUGAAAACUCUACUUUUGAUGCAUAUUGUAGGAGCAUUGCAGUUUCAAAUGAGAAAGGAGAUUCAGUUGGGAUACAUAAUAUAGUCUGGCGUACUGAUAAUUAUUUUGCAUACAAGGUUCUAUUCAAACAACUUUUCGAAGGUUUAAAUAAUUUUACUUAUGUUCUUUAUGGUGGACCCGGUAAUAAUGCACGAGUGUAA